AUGUCACUCACGCCAGAAGAGAAGGAGACGUUGGAGGUGUUCCGCAAACAAGUAUUUGAUGAAGAAAUCAUUCGAGAAGGGGACUCUGUUGGGACGGAUGACGCAACCUUACUUCGGUUUCUUCGCGCACGCAAGUUCAAUUUGACUGAAUCAAAGAAAAUGUUGCAGAAUUGCCAACAGUGGCGGAAAACCGUCGGAGGUGAUGGGAUAGACGCGUUAUAUGCCAGACUAGAUCCUUAUGACUACCCCGAGCGGGAAGAAAUAUUCAAGUCCUGGUCUAUGUAUUUUCAUAAGGCAAGUUCUCCACUAGAACUUUUGUUGAGAAUUCUAAUGACAGCAAUCAUGAUGGCCAUCUUAGACAGACAAGGCCGACCGGUGAACAUCCAGUUCUUUGGCGGGCUAAACCUUCCGAAGUUGUACAAGCAUGUCACACCAGAGAGGCACUGGGAGGCUAUUGUUGUAAACGCCGAUUCCCUUACCCGUGAAGUACUUCCAGCUGCAUCGCGUGCUGCAGGGAAGCAUGUUCACCAAUCGAUCGUAAUUGUGGACCUCAAAGGGUUUGGGUUAUCACAGUUUUGGCAAGUGAAAUCAUUGGCACAAGCCUCAUUCCAGAUAUCACAGGAUUAUUUCCCCGACACAAUGGGUCAACUUUUAAUAAUCAACGCGCCAUCCUCGUUUACCUUUAUUUGGGGAAUCAUCAAGCCCUGGCUGGCAAAAGAGACUGUAGAGAAGGUCGACAUUCUCGGUUCGAACUAUAGAGAAGUUCUACUUGAUGUGGUAGAUGCCGAGAACUUACCAGAAAUACUGGGAGGCACGUGCACUUGUAAGGGUGAAGGAGGAUGCGACCUCAGCGGUGCGGGACCAUGGAUGGUUGAGAGGAAGGAAAGGAAAAGGAACGGGAGUACUGAGGACUCCGAAUCCGGAGAAAAGACAGAGGACGUCGCAGUGGUCGAACACAACAGUCCAAUUACCCAUACCAUAGACGCCGACAAGUAG